UUAUAUGGGCCCGGAGAGUGUACAAGUGAAAUUCAAUUUGCUUUUGGUGAGGUACGUUAAAAUUGGGUUCGCAAGGAUAUUCCCGAGAGACGCAAGGCCAAACGCGAGAAUAAUUCGACAACACUGGGCUUCAGAGGGUUUCUGGGGAAAGCUUCCAGGAAAAGCUUCCGGAGCUUAUGAGGUCGUAAAUUUUUACUGCCAAAUAAGUUGCACGAGUCAGCAGGUCCACGUUUCACCAACGGCACAACAUUCGAGGAAAAGCCGCGAUUGGCGAUGAGGAACGAGCCGGGGGAUGGCAGCUUCUCAUCAAGACUUGGCUGCCAAUGGCUCCAUUUGAGUGGAGGCAGGACCUUGGGUGAGGCCGAAGGAAUCCUGGAAACGACGCAAGGAGGAAGCGCGACAACAGAACACUGCGGGGAGAGCUCCAGUCAGGUGACGUCGCAACUCUCAUUUGCGACGGAGCUCUGCCUGCGCUCUGCUGCUCUCGUCUUCCCUGUCAUCAUCGUCGUCGCCGGUCACAUCAUCUCUUUUAUUGCUUUCGCCGUCGUGGCCUUAUCCAGUAUCAACAGUAUCAACACCCCUGUAUAAAAUACUCUCGUGCCUCGCCGUAAAUGGGCCUUAGUCCUUGGAAUCCCCGCACCUUGGCUGCUCCCUACUGCCCUCUAUAUCACCACCGCUGUUUCAUCUGAUUAUCGCAACCCUUGCAAUUGACGUGAGUUAGCGGUCAGAGACUGGACAUCUAAGGCCUUCUUCCCAAAGGUAGUACCAUAUUCAUCGCACUGGUCAGAGUCUAGGUUAAUACCUGUACAUACAUAGAAUGUCCCUCCCUCGAGUCUCCUACCUAGAGUCCUGGGAGUCGAAUCCAGCAUUAUCUCGCCGUCAACUGGAUC